GCCUUUUGUUAUGCUAAUCCGGGCUGACAUCACCCCGCAUAUCAAAGCCGAGGGGCCGCAUAUAAGGCGGCUGCGGGGCCUCCCCGGCAGAGUGGCCCGGCUCCCCGCGCAGCCCGCUCCGGGCCGAGGUUUUUCAUCUCCAGGAACGAGCAUUACCCAAACUGAAGGAAAAUACACUGCGCAAAAUAUUAAGAAAACUCCUUUUUAAAAAACAAAUUUCUUUGGAGAAGCUGAUUUCCUUUGGCUAGCAGGAGAAAGCGGAGAAAAUGAAGCCAAGUCUGCGAUUUUUCUUAGCUGGUUUUCUGCUGUUGAUUCUGCAGACAGGGCUUUGCUAUGGGAUAAAAUGGAUAGCUCUGUCCAAGACUUCUUUGGCUUUGGCCCUUAAUCAAACCCAGCACUGCAAGCAGCUCGAAGGGCUGGUGGUUUCUCAGGUGCAGCUGUGCCGCAGCAACCUGGAGCUGAUGCAGACCAUUAUUCAGGCAGCGCGGGAGGUGAUAAAGACCUGCCGGAAAACCUUUUCAGACAUGAGGUGGAACUGCUCUUCAAUAGAGCUGGCUCCUAACUACCUGCUGGACCUAGACAGAGGCACAAGGGAGUCAGCAUUUGUAUAUGCCCUCUCUGCUGCUGCCAUCAGCCACACCAUUGCCAGAGCCUGCACCACCGGGGACCUCCCUGGCUGUUCCUGUGGUCCCAUCCCAGGUGAGACACCUGGACCUGGGUAUCGAUGGGGAGGAUGUGCAGACAACCUCAACUAUGGUCUUAUCAUGGGGUCCAAAUUUUCAGAUGCUCCCAUGAAGAUGAAAAAAUCAGGAUCACAAGCCAAUAAACUGAUGCAUCUGCACAACAGUGAAGUAGGGAGACAGGUCUUGAAAGCCUCUCUUGAAAUGAAAUGCAAGUGCCAUGGAGUUUCUGGGUCAUGCUCUAUCAAGACCUGUUGGAAAGGCCUUCAAGAGCUGCGAGACAUUGCACUGGACCUCAAAACCAAAUAUUUAUCUGCCACCAAGGUUGUUCACCGGCCCAUGGGCACACGCAAAUACCUGGUGCCAAAGGAUAUUGAUAUCAGGCCAGUCAAAGAGACUGAGCUGAUUUACCUGCAGAGCUCACCUGAUUUCUGCAUGAAGAAUGAAAAAGUGGGGUCACAUGGGACCCAGGACAGGCAGUGCAACAAGACUUCCAACGGGAGUGACAGCUGUGACCUGAUGUGCUGUGGCAGAGGCUACAACCCCUACAUGGACAAGGUGGUGGAGCGUUGCCACUGCAAAUAUCACUGGUGCUGCUACGUGACCUGUAAGAAGUGCGAGAGGACUGUCGAGAGAUAUGUGUGCAAAUGAAACCUCUCCUCUGCACACCUGGGAGCUCAAACUGCAGCAGCAGCACCCCAGCACUAUUCAGAGAAGACAUUUCCUUGACCAGACAUCGUUUACCUUGUAAAGACACAGACUUGAGGAGAGAUGGUAGGAGGAAAAGCAGCAAUCUCACCAGUAAAAAUAAGAACGUAAAAAAAACCUCCCAAAAAGCAACAGACCCACAAAUGUUUCUCCUCACCAAUAAAAUGCUCUCUGAGAAGACAAAACUUCAUUUGGGAUGGUAUCUUCUUCCAAAAUAUUUCCUGUGGCUGCCAAUGAUGUCCAGCAAUCAAGUGCCUUAGUAUUCUGAGAAAUAAAUAUGGAAACUUUCCCUGGGGGGAAAAAAAAGCACCAUUUGUUUGACAGUAACUAAGGCUCACACCAGCCUGUGCCUUCUAGCACAGGUACUGAGUCUCCAUUAGGACCAUCCCACAAGGGAAAAUGCUACAACUUUUCAGCAACACCUGCCUUUGCUGCCAAAGACUUAAUUUUCAGCGAGGAAUCAUCCAUUCUGAAAGAUAAAAAAGUGGAAAGAUUUCAGGUCUAUCCCCUGAAAUGAGCAACUAAUUCUAAUCUUCCUUUUACACAGGUCUGCGACUUUGAGCUGAUUGCUGAAGGAAAAUAUAUCCUUAAUUUGUCCAGUCUGGACAAAUGAAAAAAAUCCCCUGGAAUCCUGGAGGCAGUGAGAGUAGGGUAGGCUGAGAAGGACUUUAUGGGGUCCACAAGACAGCAGUGGAGCCUUUAGGAUAAAAUAACAAAGCGAAAUCCAAGUCUAGUGGGAAAGUAAAGAAAAGCAGCAAGCUCCUGCUCUCUAUCUCUUUGGCCUUUGGUGUGAUACCCUUAGUCACUGACAUUCUUCCACAAUGACCCACCAAAUCCUUGGGGAAAUGUGCCACUGGCUUCUUCCCCCACAAAACUAUUGGUCCAACCUCAGGAAACUGCAGAGAGUGGAGUGAUCUGGCUAUAGGGAGCACAUCCAUGGAAGUCAGCAUCCAUGGAAGUCAGCAUCCACGGAAGUCAGCAGCUACUCACAGCAGGAAGGAAUGGGAAGAUGUCAGUCUUUCACGUGGCUCUGCCCUCACACAGCAGAGCACCACUAUCUGUGGCUGUACAUAUUUUCUUUUGUAUGCAGAUAUACAGAAAUAUUUAUAUCUUGUGCUUUCAUCUACUUUACUUCCUACCUAAAUAUAUCCUCAUAUUAUAAACAAGCAUUAACAAUAGUAUGAAAUAAAUGCUGAAGUUACUGCUGCAACAGCAGAAUGUUAGAUUAUUGUUUCACACUUCUACUUGGAAAACAAUUCUGAUUUUCCUCCCAAGGAUGGGAAAAUAACAUGGUUUGAGGCACUCACUGGUAUAGGGAUAGAUAAGUUUCUUUAUUCCCUGCCUCCCCAGCCUCUUAAUGUUGAGCAGAAUUAGCCAAGAUACAGUCAAGACAAUGAAACAGAACACUUGGAGAAAGGAAGAGUCACCAUUGCUGUUUCAUUUUUCUAUCAGUGAUCACUCUCAUUGGUAAAAUUUCCCAGCAAUCACUCAAACUGGUAAAAUUAAGCCCCUGAGGAGCUUAAUAACAAACAUGACUCACACCUCUCAUGUCAUGGGUAGUUGGCUUCUGGCUCCUGCACAUGGAGAGGAGCUGCUGUGCAGGGGAGCUUUUAAAAUAGCCUAAGAUCCCUUAUUUGCUUUUUUGUUUGUUAUUGUUUGCUGUUUCAUUUGGGGUUUUUUGGGGAGUUUGGGUUUUUGUUGUUGUUUGUUUGUUUUGUUUGUUUGCUUGGGGUCUUGGGGGGGAUUUUUUGUUUUGGUUUAUUGUUAGUGGUCAUCCAGCCCUGUGUACUGAUUAUGAAGAGUGACGUUGGAGAAGGAUGCUGCUCCAGGAACAGAAGGCAGCAGAGCUUCUGAUGUCUUUCAGAUCAUUCUUGAGCUCCCCAACCCCAUGCAAAAUGCUGUAAACAGCCAAAAAAUCACUCCCACACAAACGUAGAGGGACUCUUUCACUAGGGGGAAAUAUGUCAGUAACACCACAACCUUUCUCCAAAUCUUUUUUCCCCACUUAGCCAAUCCCUAGGGGGCAACUGCCUCUGACAUGUCUGUGAGCAGCCCUGGGGAAUUGGAAGAGAGAAGCAUCAUGUGCUAUAAUAGCAAAAUUAGAGGCAUUUUGUUCUCUUCAGCUAUUCUGCUUUGCUGUAAUGGGUUUGGUCUUGUUGCCUCCUUCCAUCCCCCAGUUGUGAGCAGGCAAAAAAAAGAGCUUUCAUAGUUUAACAGUGGUUUGUGUUAUUGUCACCUCAUAAAAGCUGAGGGACUAAAACAGCUCUGCAGUGCAGUGAUGAGUGGUGGGUGUCUUUAGGCUGACAUGCAGACAGGCUGGUGGCACAAAUCCCACUGCUCUCCAAUGCCAGAAUUUGGCUUCAUUUGAUAUGUAAAGAAACCAUCCACUCUCAUUCUUUUAAGGAAUUUUAUUUUUAUUUCCAGUUUCUGAUGGUGCCAACAAGGCACAGAUGUUCUGACUGAACAAAAAUUUGAGCAUUUCAAUGCUAUUCUGUAAUGAUUCUUUUUCUUGCUCCCUUGCUGAUGUCAUGAGUCUUUCUGCUUGGGGAAAAACUAGUGAAAUGGAAGAAAUUGUCUGGUCAUACACUGUUUUCAGCUGCAUUUCAUUCCUUCCAUGUCAGACCUGUGAUCCUUGACUGGCUUUCUCAUGUCAGAAGAAAUCAUCACCUGUAAUUAGAAUAAGUGAAUAAACCAAUUAGGCAUCUACAGGUCUACCAAGUGGGAAAUGAACUCACAGCAGAACUUUAGCCAUGCCACAGAUGUCCAUUACUGAAGAUGUUGACCUGAAAUGGCUGAAUUGUUUGGAGUUUUGCAGUUUGGGGCAGCCACGUUCAAAAUCUCUGCUCUCUUCUCCAGAUAAUCCAUCAUGGGCUUCAUCUGAACUUCGCUUCUUUGACAAAAGGGUCUGUGCGACCCCAGCCCAUGUCUUAGGCUGUUAGCCUAUGAAUUUACAGAGUUACACUGCUUUUGCCAUAACUUCUAAAUUUUAGGGCCCUCUGGAGAGCUGCACUCUGCAUUAGGAGUGUGCCCAGGGGGAUGUACCUUCCUGAGGUGAGAAUCAUGCACAGGGCAAGGUCUGAUGAACUGCAGCCUCCCUUGUUACACAGGCCUGCUUCAUCCAGCCAGCUAGGGCCAUCUCAGCACUUUGAUGGCUUUAAGCUGAAAUAAGGUAGGUUUAGAUUGGAUGUUAGGAAGAAAUUCCUACCUGUGAGGGUGGUGAGGCCCUGACACGGGUUACCCAGAGAAGCUGUGGCUGCCCCAUCCAUGGAGAUGUCCAAGGUUGGACAGGGCUUAGAACAACCUGGUCUAGAGGAAAAUGUCCUUGUCCAUGGCAGGGGGUGGAACUUCUAAGGCCCACCACUUCUAAGGUCUUAGGAGCUUCUAAGGUCCCUUCCACCCCAAACCAUUCUGUGAUUCUAUGAUGUCCUUCUGGAUGCUCUGGCAUUUCCAAUUUUUUUCUGAAAAUGUCAUUCUAUGAGCACUAGACAGCUCUCACUUCCUUUUAAUAAGAACUAGGAAUAAAGAGAGUACCUAUAAUACAGGGCCAUACUGCUGGAACUCAUAGUACAAUUUUCUUCUUGCAACUUGUCUCUGAUGCUUCACUCCUUGCACCAGCAGCAAAGCACAGAGAGGCCAGAAAAGUGUCACAUCUCUCAAUUUCAAUUAUCAAUACAACAGGGAUCCAAAACAAAAUGGCCAAGUUAUUUCUGCAGUCUAGAGGAAGCUGUCCCUGCCCAUGGCAGGGGAUUUAAACUGGAUGAUCUUCAAGGUCCAACCCAAAUCAUUCCAUGAUUCUAUAUUUUUUUGUGCAUGUGCUGUGUGAAAGAUAUUUGGGAGAACAUUUGUCACAAACCAGCUUUGCAAGGAAAAUACAUCCCUCCUUCCCUUUCUCAGGCCUUCAGCAAGCAGUUUUCAAGGCUUUGCUCUGAAACACUGAGAUCUUUCAGCUACUGCAGAAAACAGCUUAAUUACUGUGAAUGCCUUUGUCAGGUGAUGCUGUAGUUCCCUUCUUAUAACAUGUCUUACCACAUCCCAGCAGCUGAUAUAAUUUAGCCCAGCUCCAUGUCAUACUACACAGUACUGUUGGUUUAAACUAGCUAGCAAAAUACAUCUGAUUUAUUCUAUUCACUAUUAUUUCACAGCUUUACAAUAUUACCCCUGAUGGAAACUGCCAAGCUAUCCUGAAGAGUAUUAUGCUAUUUUAUUAACUUGAAAAAAAAAAAAUCUAUGAUUUAAUAAAACAGUGUGGACUUAAUGCUAUUUUCAGAUCUGAGUUUUUAGACCCUGUAUAUAUCUGGGUGACUUUUUUUUUAUUAAUCUUCCCAUCUUUACCCUUUCCAGUUUUAUAUCAUUUAGGUUUCUCCAUAAGGUAGGCAAAUGCCAUUCAUUAUAAAAAAUUCCCAUCUGAUUGUGUAUUUUAUUAGACAAAAAGAGAAAAUAUCUUAAUUAUACUACAGCAGGCAGCCCGCAAUAUUUCACUUGCAGCUGGAAAAGCCCUUGGUGAGGGGAAGGGGAGCGAGGGAAGAAGAAAACAAUCUGAAUACAAUUAGAAGCGUCUCUGUCAGGAAAGUGAUAAAAGAGUCCCUGAGGGACCAUCCCUCUUCCUGCCAGAAAACAGAUCCCUGUAGACAAACAUUAUCAUCCUCCAAGUGAGACAGGCUUGUGCUGCCCAGCUCUGGGCUACCUGUUUGGGGAAAGGGCUGGGAGGAGGCUCUGGAGGUCCUUGGGAAUAUGGGGAACAAGAGGAAAAUUCAGGCCUGGGAUGGAUUGUUGUUAGACCUUCACCCUGUGACAAAGGAUUUGGCUUUCCCUGCAUCGGACAGGGGGCUGUGAAACAACAUUGUUUUAUUCCUAAGAGCAGACUGGAGCUAUAACAGGCAUGACUUUCUCCCCUGCAAAGGAGAUGGAGCAGAAAACAAGAUUUGGGAGAGGGGGAGAAAGAACAGGAAACUUAAAAUCCACCUGAGAUUAAUGACUUUAACAUGCACAACAUAUUUUGUUUUGUUUUACUCUCAGGAACAGUUUCAUCAGUCAGACAGAGUUUGAUUAAAUAUCUCAAGCAGAGCUUUGGUUUAUUCAUCUAAAGAACAAAUUUUCCUCUCUUCGUGGAAGCAGCAUUAACUGUGUUUUCUAAUUGUGAGAGCAACAAUAAUAAUAAAA